UUGCGGUGACACCCGGAAGAGAAGGUGUUGUCGGCAGAUUCCAGCUGAGAUCUGAGAUCGGCUUCACCAUGAAUGUGGUGCUGGCCGUCAAGCAAUAUGUGUCCAAGAUGAUAGAGGACAGCGGGCCGGGCAUGAAGGUGCUGCUGAUGGACAAGGAGACGACAAGUGUGGUCAGUAUGGUCUACACCCAGUCUGAGAUCCUGCAGAAGGAGGUCUACCUGUUCGAACGCAUCGACUCGGCCAACCGGGAGAGCAUGAAGCACCUGAAGGCCAUAUGUUUCCUCCGACCCACCAAGGAAAAUGUUGAGUACCUGAUCAAGGAGCUGCGAAGACCAAAGUACAGCGUCUACUUCCUCUAUUUUAGCAAUGUGAUCAGUAAGAGUGAUGUGAAGUCUCUGGCAGAGGCGGAUGAACAGGAGGUGGUGUCGGAGGUGCAGGAGUUUUACGGAGAUUACAUUGCUGUGAACCCUCAUGUCUUCUCGUUAAACGUUGUCGGCUGCUAUCAGGGUCGGAACUGGGACCCCGUCCAGCUGUCUAGAGCCACACAAGGACUGACCGCUCUGCUCCUCUCCCUGAAGAAGUGUCCGAUGAUCCGAUACCAACUCUCCUCAGAAAUGGCCAAGAGGCUGGCAGAAGGGGUGAAGCAAGUCAUCACCAAGGAGUAUGAGCUGUUUGAUUUCCGCCGCACGGAGGUGCCGCCCCUGCUUCUCAUCCUGGACCGAUCUGAUGACGCCAUCACGCCUCUGCUCAACCAGUGGACGUACCAGGCAAUGGUCCACGAGUUACUGGGCAUCAACAACAACCGGAUUGACCUGUCCCGCGUGCCCGGCAUCAGCAAGGAUCUGAAGGAAGUGGUGCUGUCUGCAGAGAACGACGAGUUCUACGCUAAUAACAUGUACUUGAAUUUUGGAGAGAUUGGGACCAACAUUAAGAACCUGAUGGAAGAUUUCCAAAGGAGGAAACCCAAAGAACAGCAGAAGCUGGAGUCCAUUGCCGAUAUGAAGGCUUUUGUAGAAAACUACCCCCAGUUCAAGAAAAUGUCUGGCACGGUGUCCAAACAUGUGACUGUGGUGGGGGAGCUGUCCCGUCUGGUGAGUGAGCGCCAUCUAAUGGAGGUGUCUGAGGUGGAACAGGAGCUGGCCUGUCAGAAUGACCACUCCAGUGCUCUACAGAAUGUGAAACGUCUUCUGCAGAACCAGCGCGUUUCAGAACUUGACGCCACGUGUCUGGUCAUGCUGUAUGCUCUGCACUAUGAGCGGCACAGCAACAACGCUCUGCAAAGUCUCCUCUCUGACCUCCGUAAUCGAGGGGUGUCUGAAAAGUAUCGCAAGCUGGUGUCUUCUGUAGUAGAGUUCGGUGGUAAGAGAGUCCGAGGCAGCGAUCUCUUCAGUCCAAAGGAUGCCGUGGCCAUCACCAAACAGUUCUUCAAGGGACUCAAGGGGGUGGAGAACGUGUACACUCAGCACCAGCCGUUCCUCCUUGAUACCCUGGACCAGCUUAUAAAAGGGAAACUGAAGGACAACAUGUACCCCUACGUGGGGCCCAGCACGCUGCGAGACCGGCCUCAAGAUAUCAUCGUCUUCAUGGUUGGAGGAGCGACUUAUGAAGAAGCUCAGUUGGUGUAUAACCUGAACCGGAUGACGCCGGGGGUCCGCAUUGUCCUUGGUGGUACCACCAUGCAUAAUACAAAGAGUUUCCUGGAAGAAGUCCAAGCAGCUGGUUUCCAUGGCCGCCCUUCAGAAACGUACCAGGGGACAAUGCGAUCAUCAGUCAGGCGAUGAGGACAAGAACAUGGCGUUGUCCAGCUCUGAACGUGCAGGGGGUCCAUGUGUCAUGCUGUGCACUACAUUCUCCCUCUUCUCCCAUUGUACAUGGUCUAUAUCCCCUCUCAAGAGUGUCCCUUCUCAAGAGCUCCUCAUGGACAGCUACAAACAUAAGAACCUGGACCUUCUUGAGAACGUUUGGACAACCAUUUUUAAGGUGCCUGGCUAGAGCAUGAGGGAACCUUCCCUAUUAUCUUAUGCCAAGGUCUAGGUCCAUAUGCCGCUGCACAGUAGUCCAUCCAUGGAAGUAGCAGAGCUAUGCCAAGUUUUGGUGUUUCUGGGAAUAGGUGGAGAAGAAAAUAAUCACUGUACCAAGGGAGGGGGACAAUGCAAGAAGCGGGUGGGUUUUAAAAUGUGACUUAUUUAACAUGAGGGUGGGAUGUGGGCGAUAACCCUGGUGUAUUUUGUAUUUGUGGCUCAAAAUCUGCUUCGCCCAUUGGUCUCCUAUCGCACCCUGACCUUCCAGUUUUGGCCUUGGUCUCCUGUGAAAUGGGAGAGUUUGAGGCAGCUUUGUUAGGAUUUGGUUGAGUGACUAAUUUCAGCCCAAUGUUUCCUAGAAGGGUAUGUGCAUCUUGAAAGAGGUCCAUUUAGAAAUGGGGCAUUAAGGCUGACAGGCCGAAAAAGGAUGACAUGGCUGCAUUGGCCAAGAGAGACGCGUCCUGGAGGUGGCCAACCUGGCCUAAUGGCCAUACACACUAUAGAUAUAGGUCGGCUGAACAUGCUGCCCAUCUAACGUUCAUCAUGGUCUCCUGGCUGAUUUGAGGGAUGUAAGGGUUGGGCAGAUGGAUUUCAACUUGCCCUAUCAUUAUAUUCUCAGGGAGAUAAGCCAGUGCAGGAGGAGUCUGGUGGCGGUUUACUAACCGCAUGUGUAUAGAGGGGUCGGGAGAGAUGAUGUGUAUAGCAGGCCUUACUGUGAUUGAAGGGGUUAUCUGGACUAGGUUCAGUAGUAGCCUGCAAUUGGCUGUUAUCACUGGGCAAGCCGGUGUCCAUCAGACUAAAGGUGCUCGGGAACAGGCACAGCGCUAUACACUAGGUAGUGGCCAUGAAUGAUACUGGAGCUCUCUCCCAUACACCUCAAAAGUCCCUAUGAUCUGAAUGGUCGGCUUCUGUAUAAUGAUGGUCCAUAGCUUUGGGCAAGAUUUGUCACCUCUGUGCAUCCAUGCGUUUCUCCUGCAGUGACUGUAGUGUGUAUCAUGUGUUCCUCGUGUACUAAAUAAAUGUCUAAUAUUUUA